UAACUUUAACAACAACAAAGUGUUAAGAACCCAAGGUAAAACAUACAUUAAGUACCAAAAAAUCUGGUACAAAAAAUUCAAUGGAUUAACUUCGAUUAUAUUUUUGAAAUUUCGGUGUAAAUUUCGGUGAGAGUAGAAUGAAAAAGCUUCGGUAAGUAAAGUAAUGAAACAAGUAAAGCAAAGUUAUUUUUAUCUUCAACAUAAAAUUAUCUGGAAGGCAAUCUUAAAAGUUACAAGAAAAUUUUGAUGUCAGCCCAAUAAAUGGAACUGAUUGAUUGUCAAAGCCAGAUUGUCAAAAACUCUUAUUUAAAGGAGGUAUUUUUUAUUUCAUUUCUUGUUUUCGAUCGUCAAUGUUAUCCGAUCACGAGGGAUAUGAUAUUAUGAUCGAUUUUGUGUUAAAAAAUGAGGCGUCCAAAUUGAAACCGCUGGAACGUUAGAAAGAAAUAACUAAGAGAAAUAAUGAAGGGCAAGGAGAAGCAUCAGUUUAGCCUAUUAAGAGAACUUGGAUAAAGAGACCGAAAGAAAAGAAAGAGAAGUUGAGCUUGGUUGAUGACGAGGGAGAAUAAGAAACUGAAAAUUGAUAACAAAAUUGAAGGAAAACAAUGCUUUUUUGGAUGCCCAUCGGUGUGAAACGAGAUUUUGCUUUUGUUUGAAAAUUUCGGUUUCAAAAUAUUUCAGUUUUGAAAAAAUUCGGUGAAAUUAAUUUUCAGUUGCCCUGCUUCACCGAAAUAAAUUCCACCGGUACUUAAUGUAUACGACAGGCGAGAGGGGAGGUAUGGCGAGUGAAUGUGCAUUCUACAGAAAAACACUGGCGACUGAAGAAAGGCAUGAUCAAGGCACUUAGUUGUGUGAUUGGUUAUGGCCCCAUCACACCUUACAAAUUUAGAGACUGUUACAAUUCACUAACACGUUUCUGAAAAGACUCAUGCUUAAUAAUAAUCAUAUUGUUAACUGCCUACAGACAUUUGAAUUCUACCUUAGCCGCAAAUGGUAAAAGCACAAAUGCGAUUCAAAGAAUGAUAUGAAAUUAGCAAGUUUCAGAAAUAUUGUGUGAUGAAGUUGGUUUUGUUUUGUUUUGUUUUGUUUUGUUUUGUUUUGUUUUGUUUUGUUUUGUUUUGUUUUGUUUUGUUUUGUUUUGUUUUGUUUUGUUUUAUGCUGUGUUGUGUUGUAGCAUUAGUAAAGUAUUUUAUAAGCUGCUCUGUGCCGAUGCAAUCUGCUACAAUCGAGGAAAAGACAAUCUACUUGACUCUGCUACAUAAAAUUGACAAAUUGUUCACAUUAGUUAUUGCCUUAUUACAGCAUGGAACUUGGGGCUCAGCUGCCAAGACAGUCAUAAAGAAAUGUUCAGUUAUUUUGUGCUAUGCUUUGAGCUUUCACAACUGAUUCCAACAAAAUGUAACAAAGUCCAACAACGAACGUGUUUACUGAUGGCUUCUGCAGCAGGCAUUGAAACUUCGAAAAAUGCAACAGAUGAAAAUGAAAAGAUGCGCAUACUGAAUGAUGUUGUUUCUUACAUUCAAAAAUGCGAACGAAUAUACCAGGAAAGCGUUCAAGAUCAGCCCCAAAGUGGGAAGACAGAUCUCACCUUGCCAAUGUUGAUCUGCCUUGAAUUCGAAGCAAAAGCAAGACUAGGUUACAAAAGCACUGAAACAAUCAUUGACAAGGCUAAAGAUCUACACAGCAUUGAUGCCAAAACGUUCGAGACUAUUGCAGCAACUGCUUUAGAAAUCUCACCCAAGCAUAAUCCGGAAGGGAUCAAAGCGCUAAAAAUGGCUAUCAAGUGUCAUCUUGAAGACCAAAGAACUGACUAUUUACAACUUAGUAAAGAUUUACACACACUGGUCAAUAUUUCUAUCAAUGAAGGUGGAAAUAGCAACCCUCAGAGCAAAGAGGAGACUUACCAAUACUACCAAAACAUUUUGGAAAUCAUUCAGAAAGCUCCCAAGAAUUCGUAUCCAGAAAUGGAAAUUCUUUGGCUUAUGACAAAAGCAUGGAACUGUGGAGUACAUCUUUUCAGCGCACACGAAUUUGACGCAUGCGAACGAUGGUGUGGCAUGGCUAUGAAAUUUCUGGACCAGCUUGAUACUUUAAAAUCCAACUAUACAUCACAUAUGACAUCCGUAUUUGCUGAAAUAUUGGAAAAGAGAGAACGCACAUCUAUUCGCAGCCAAGUUGAAGAAUGAAAACAAAGCACUUAGAUUCUUCAAUCCGGGGAGAUUCAUUAACCUUGUUUAAAUAUAAACCAUUCUGAAUUUGUGGUUAGAUUCAAAGAAGUUUAUCUUAAUGUUGUUGCAGCCAUUUGAUUUACUUCGUUUGCUGUAAGAACUGUUGCAUCAAAUGAAUUGCUCCCGUCCUUUCACAACUUCUUGUAGUUCUGCGUUCUUGUAUCCGUUUGAACCACGGUCACAAAGACACAUAAAGGAUUGAGAAUGACCAAAAAAAUAUUCAAGAUGUUGGGUAGCCUUUGGCAACUUUAAUCAAAUUCCCGUUUUGCAGGCUUACGUUGAUAUUUAUACUAAAAGUAUAGGUUGAUAUUUACUGUAUUUAUGUGACAGUGGCAGUGGCGUAACCGCGAUUUUCAUUUUGGGUAGGGGGAGCCUGUUUCCUUAAUUAAUCCUCAUUUGCAGCUUUAAGAUGUUCACUUCAUUAGGUUUUUGGAGGAGCUCAUUUAAUUGUAACUCGUACUGCAAUCAAGUCAUUUGUAAGCAAAUUGUAAUCAGUAACCAGGUUGAUUUUUUUCAAAAGGAUAAUUUUAAGUUAGUUAGAACUUAUGUAAACUUCAUAUAACACAAUAUCAGGAUAACGGCAAGAGCCGUAAUGAAAAGAAAGCUUGUGAUCAUUAGAACAUUUAGAGGUAGCAGGUUGGACAAUAGCCAAGUAUCCCUAGGGCCGGGGAAACCAGGGAGCGAGGGAGGGGGGCAUGGCCCCUGUACUUUUCUCCAGAGCCUAAUCAAAUUUUUAGACAAAAGUAGAAGAAAUCUGGUCUACCAUUCUGUAAGUUAUAGUGCUAAGUAAUCUCUUAAAUAUGACCUAAGCUCAAGCUUCGUAACUAUGUUUUUACUAAAGGAAACAUUUGUAAAAUUGAAGAUGGGAAUUUGAUAUAAAAAAUCGGUCAUUGUCCAAGUUGUACAACGAGUAACAGCUUGACUUAGGCAAUAGAUUAAGAAACCUGAUCUAAAAUGAACUUGGUGCCAAAACCAAACGAUGGAGUCUUGUUUUUUAUAGCCUAAACUGUCUCUUUGUUGACGGAAAGUUUCUCAAAGACGUUACAAAAGUGAGAAUAUGAGAAAUGAAGGUUUAGCAGAUUUUCCCUUUGAAAAUAUCAUUGGAAAAGUUUCAAAGUUUGAUUUUUUCAAUAAUCCAUUUCUACUAAAAUAGAGAAGAUCUAGACCUAAUAACAACUUCUUUCAAAACUCGUUUUGACCAGCCCAUUUUGAAAGUUUUGAAGCUCAGAGUAUUUUUUGCCGCAUAAUAUUUUAUUAUCAGUGCUGCUGUUAAUAUUUCAAUGCUAAUGUUAUUUGUUAAACCGUGA